GUAGACACGAACCGCGCCGACCCAGCCGCACACGCGUCUUGAAAGCUCAGGGCCCAUGAGGACCGUCUGCUGCUAGCUCGGUCUGAGUGACUUGUAGGCCAGGGACCCUGGUAUGGGCAGUUGAGGUGACGGUUGCCUAAGGGUGCGUGACCGUUUGGCAGUACUCGCCGACAUGCCGGUAUAAAAUUUACGAACAGCUGGUCGCGCGGUCAUGCAUCUUUUACAAGCUGAUAUCUCAUGUUGCGCGCGCGCAUAGCCAAAAACGAAAAGUUGCGAUCGAACGAAGCAGACACACGGCGUGAUAGUUUACGAGGCAGACACACAGCAUCAUCUGCGUCGUCUAACACAUACAUAUGUACCUCCUGCUACCCAAUGCUGGUGUUUAAAGUGCUGUUUUGCCUCGUGGCUCUUAGCGCUCUCAGUGCAUUUUCACGGACGACGACGCCUCCACCGGAGGCCACCCCAGACCCUGGAUGCGCUCUCAUUGUAAAUACGACGCUGCAAAAUGCAUCAUCAUGGAUUAGCGACCGCAUCGUCGACGUCGCGCAUACGCGGUCGGGCCGCAUCCGCAAUCGCUAUGAGGACGACACAGUCCGCCACAGUUCGCACGUUGCAAGGAGCUCGCGUGCUACGCGCUGCUCUCACUCGCUGCUGGUCGGGCGGCGGUUCUGUGGGAAGCUGGACUGGGCUGCCCCCACGCAGGGCCACAUCUACUACCACUUCUCUAGUGGGCACUACACCUAUGAGCCCGACCUGUGCGUGCUGAGGCGGCUGGGGCGAGAUGAGGCGCAGGCGUGCAUGGCGGACGUUGGGCCGGUGCUGUUUGCAGGGGAUUCGGUGACGCGGUACCAGUACAUGACGUUCGUCCACCACCUCGCGUCCGGCAAAUACCAGCACCCCUUCGAUGGCAGCCAGAGCCUAUCGAAUGCGCACACGCACAGGGCAACUGGAGGUGUAAGCAGCUACGACGCGCUGUGGGCGCACAUCAAGCACGAGGUGGAGGUGCAUAGCAGUGGCGGCAGUGGCCUGUACUACAACCAUGACCGUGGCAAGGAACUGGAACACGCGCACCUGACGCUUGCGCUGAGGAAGGACAAGCACCGAAAGGCGCACGUGUACUAUUGUUACAUGGCGGACGGCUCGGAUGAAAUCAAGGGAGUCAUCGCAUGGGCCAUGCGCAAGCGGCAAGACUGGCGGUACCUCAUUCUCAACGUGUGUGCGCACUACGGCAAAGACUACAUCGGUGCAAUCUCUCGGCACGUGAUCUCUGCCAUGAAAUGGGCCAACCAAACCUACGGCGAGGCCUUUGCAAAGGCGGGCACGCAGCUGGUGUGGAAGAGCUGCACCACACCGCAGGCGUCCGUGAGAAAGAAGGUAGAUGAGCAGGAGAGAGUUAUUGCUGCGUACGCGGCAACGGCAGGCGUGCCUGUAUUCGACACCAGGACUGUCGCCAAGGCGGCGACGGCCCAGCACCUGGUCACGACGUGGGAUGACAGCACAGUGCACUACCUGCAGUUCAUGUACGAGCAGUGGAAUGACCUGCUGCUUAACAUCCUGUGCCCUGUACGUGAUGGUGCUGCGGAGGCGGCGGAGGCGGCGGAGGCGGCGGAGGCAUAUGAUGGUGAAGGGGUGCCGCCGCCAUCAGGGGCUGAGGGGGAAUGAGGAUUCGUUGAUGUUGCUGUGGAUAAGACGGCAUCGGAGGGUUGCCUGGAGUUUUGCAUGGGGCGAACAGGUAGGGUCAAGCAAAGCGCCUGUCGCAGCAGCUGUGAAGCGGCGCACGCGCAACUCUCACGAGGUACACAAGUCAAGUGGGACGAGGCACGCCACGUUGUGUCAAUGUGUCUUAGCUGCUGGGGAACCGCCAGCAGUCGCAUGCUUGGGAGCUUCCAGCGCAGGCGGGGCGGGGCAUGGGCCUCACGGCAUGCAGGCAGACGGAGCGGGUGUGAAGCUGUAUGUGCCGCCCAUGGUGUACAUACCGUGCAUGGUGCACGGCGUGCCUACUGCUGGCGUGUGGUGAGCGGGGCGACCUUAGCGAGGCAAGACCUCAGAUGUAAUGGUAUUGCAUC